CACGGGAUAGCAAGAUGUCCGCGUUCGUUUGAAAGUGUGUGUUUACUGGCUUCUCAUGGCUUCGCGCUUCGUUUAGAAUUGUUUAUGCCGGGUUUAGCGGUCCGUCCAGUCCAGCGGGGAGGAACUGACCACAGGAGAGGAGCGGACUCCGAGAUAAGAGCCUGAAUAUUCCUUAUUAACAGAAAUAAUGCUGAUAUUGGGAACUCAUGUCGAACGUGUAUGAAGAGAGAGCCACAAUGAUAGCCGCCGGGGAAUUGCAGUCGUUUGUCCCGUUCGGUCGUGAGCACUGCAAGAAUCACCCGAACGCCGUGAACCUCCAGCUGCGCCAGCUGCAGCCCGCGUCGGAGCUCUGGUCCUCAGACGGUGCGGCUGGACUCGUUGGAUCCCUCCAGGAGGUCAGCCUACAAGAGCGCCAGAAGGAGUCCUGGCAGCUUAGGAAAGGCUCCACUGUCACAACUGAUGAAGCCGAAUACGAGGAGGAGCUGUAUGUGGCCGGACACAUGGUCAUCUGGAGUCGCGGGAGCAAGAGCCAGGCCUCCUACGUGUACAAAGCUUUCACGGUGGACAGCCUGGUUCAGCAGGCCUUGUGGUGUAAUUUUACUGUUCCUCAAUCACGUAAAGACGAAAAGGACAUAAUUGAACAGAGUGUCUGCAUAGUCCAGAGCAUGUGUGUGAAUGUCCACACUGUGAGUGGGAAGGACUUCAUCUCUCCACUACCAUUUCAGGUCUCUACACUGUGGCCUACCAAGUUCGGACUUCUGUUUGAACGCAAAAACGUCACGUCUGAUGCUCCCAUGAGUCCCACAAGAGAGCCUCUUCCCACCCUGUUCAGCAUGCUUCACCCGCUAGAUGAAAUAGCACCUGUUGUCUGCAAGUCCACAGCAGGUCUGUUUGAGACGGUACGGCUACAGUACGUUUCGGACAAUGCACUUCGAGUGGUUUUCUCCUGUGAGCAACCUUCUGUCAUCAUGACCUAUGACGCCCUGCAGUGCACUCAUACAGUCUGGGCUCUGCGCAAAGUCACACCAGAGGAACAGUCCACAGUGCUGAAGUGUCCCGGGCCGGAUGGCUCUGCUCAGACCCCCAUGGCUACUCACAGCUUCCUUGGCACCCAUCUGAGGAAUGUGACCCGGCUGGACUCUCCUGGCUCACCGCUGCACUGCCACGCCCUGCACAACCAGGGUCGCGUGCCUUCGUCCCCCAGCCUGCACUCUCGCGCCCACUCGCCCAACAUCUCCAGCAUGGCUGCCCUCAGUCGAGCCCACUCCCCUGGCAUCGCGGCUCCCUCUUUUACUGGAGGGCAGCGUUUUAACAUAUCGUGCCACUCCCCGUCUGCCCGUGGGCACAGCCUGUUGGCUUCACCUAACAGCACCCUAAAUGAAACACCGCUGCUGCCCGAAAUGGAGCCCAUCCUGCCUGACCUGUGCGUUGAGCAGCUGUGGACAGAAACCACUACGACUCACAGGGAGAAAAGCUGUCAAGCCUCCAAAGUGUUCAUCACCUCUGACCUGUGUGAGAGCAGAUACCUGUGCUUUCUGGUCGAAUCCCACCAGCAGCUCAGGUGUGUGAAGUUUCUUGAAGGCAAUGAAACCAACCAGCUGAUAUUUGCGUCAGUUACCACCAUUCCUGCUAAAGAUGCUGCACCCUUGGAGGACAUUGAUGCUUUGCUGGUUUUGGAGACCAAUGGCAGCUUAGUCUUGUACACCGGAGUCACACGGGUCAGCAAAGUGUUUGUCCCUGGCCUUCUGUCCCCAAACUUCAGUUUGCCCAACCACCUGCCUUCACUGAACACCCCUCUGGAGAACGUGAGCACUCCUGCCAAGGCAACAGUCCAGCAUAUAAGCCGACUUGAGGAGGCGGACAUGCCGUCUCCGGUGUCGGAGGUGCGAAGCUCACUGCAACAUCAUGAGUCGUCUUGGCUGGAUGACUCGCCCUUCCAGCAGGCUGCGCCGCACAUCCAAGCCCUACGAGACCCCGUCAGCAACAGGGUCACACUGGAACUGAGCAGUGGCUUGAUGCUGAGGAUCACCGUUCCUGAAGUGGCGACAUCGGAACUCGUGAAGCGAUGCCUGCAGGCCAUUCGGUUCAUUCUGCCCAAAGACACCGCCAUGAAAGUGCUGGUGAAGUGGUAUAACAUCUAUAAUGCUCCUGGAGGUCCCAGCAUGCACCAGGAGUGGAAUCUGUUCGUCACAUGCUUCAUGACUCUAAUGGGCUACAACACUGAGCGAUUGGCCUGGACACGAAAUCUCCAUUUUGAAGUGCCCCUCUCUCCAGUAAUAGCUCCUAAGAAGGCUCGUCCUGCAGACACUGGCUCUGACGAGGACUGGGCGUACCUGUGUGCCUCAGACUAUCACUGCCAGGCUUUGGCACACCCAGUGGCAGGCCUUCCAGGUCUGGAGCCGGCAGCACCCCCUGUUGGUAUGGAGGACGGUGGACCAGUGGGAGGUCUGGAGCCCUCUGCUCUGCUCUUCCCUCACAUUCCCUCACUUUUCUACGUACUGCACCUGCUUUACGAGGACCUGAAACUGGACGAGCUCCAGCGCAGCGGCGCCCGCGCCCUUGUUAGCCUCCUGCAGCAGCUGGCCAGGGACCUGCAGCUGGAGGAGUACAUUGAUCUCUACUGGCGUGAUUACCCCUCAUUCAUCAAAACCUUCAAGGAAGCCUGUGUGAUCGAUCAGGCUCAGAUGGGGUUGAUGAACUGGCCGGCGUACCUGAACAGUGAAGUGCCCUGCGUGUUUGGCUGGCUCAGCAAAUGUCUGAGAGGGCAGGAUGUGCCUCCAUUCCCCUACCUGCCCGGCAUAUGUGAAAGGACCAAACUGCUUGUGCUGAGCUACGCGCUGUAUGUAGUGGGAGAUGAAAAUGCCAUCUCCAUUAACGUGUCUAAGUACCUGUCUCGGCUCUCCGCAGGACAAAAGAAAGGUUUCACUGAACCUGCUCUUAGAAGGCAGAGCAGCGUCAAACCCAGCGCUCCUUCAGGCUGCCUUGCCGAAAAGCUGGUGGUGUGGUUGACAUCUGCAGGCUUCAUGCUGAAGGACCUGGAAUCCGUGCCUUUUGGUGUGGCUCUGCCGAUCAGAGAUGCCAUCAGCCAGUGCAGAGAACACCCCUGCUCCGAAUGGUCCGAAGAGGUCUGUGCUUUGAUUGGACGACAGGAUUUAACCAAGCAGGCUCAUAAAGUUUCCCUGGCCAAAGGAAAGCCGAUGGUUGGGUUGAAUGUGCCAUUAGAACCCCCAGUAACAACCGAGGCGGAUGAGGAAGAGGAUGGAAUGGCAGAUCUUCACCCAGAGGUGACCGGGUUAAUUUGGAGUCAGGAUUUGCGUUUGCAAGAGGUUCGGCGUCUGCUUCAGAGCUCCAGACCUGUCCGUGUCAAUGUGCCCCAUCUGCCAGAGGUCAGCGACCACGAAUACAUUGAGGAGAAGGAGAAUAAGUUGCUGCAGCUUUGUCAGCGCACCAUGGCUCUGCCUGUAGGCCGAGGCCUCUUCACACUGUUUUCUUACCACCCUGUGCCAACUGAGCCCCUGCCUGUGCCCAAGCUUAACCUGACUGGCCGAGCUCCUCCCAGGAACACCAUGGUGGACCUUAACAGCGGAAAUAUAGAUGUGCCACCCAACAUGACCAGCUGGCCCAGCUUCCACAAUGGAGUGGCGGCUGGCCUGAAGAUCGCGCCGGCUUCUCAGGUGGAAUCGGCCUGGAUCGCCUACAACAAGCCCAAGAGCGCCGAGUUAGCCAACGAAUAUGCUGGCUUCCUCAUGGCUCUGGGCCUCAACGGCCACCUCACCAAACUUGCCACGCUCAACAUCCACGAUUACCUCACCAAGGGUCAUGAGAUGACGAGCAUUGGGCUCCUACUGGGUGUAUCGGCCGCCAAACUGGGCACCAUGGACAUGUCUAUCACACGCUUGCUGAGUAUUCACAUUCCAGCGCUGCUGCCACCCACCUCCACCGAGCUGGACGUGCCGCACAGUGUGCAAGUGGCCGCCGUCGUGGGCAUCGGCCUUGUCUACCAGGGCACCGGCCACCGGCACAACGCUGAAGUGCUGCUUGCUGAGAUCGGCCGUCCUCCGGGUCCUGAGAUGGAGUACUGCACGGACCGAGAAUCGUACUCUCUAGCAGCAGGCCUGGCACUCGGCAUGGUCUGUCUCGGGCACGGUAGUAACCUGAUUGGGAUGACUGACCUGAACGUGCCAGAGCAGCUCUAUCAGUACAUGGUGGGGGGCCACCGCCGCACUCACGCCGGCAUUAACAGGGAGAAGCACAAGUCCCCCAGCUACCAGAUCAAGGAAGGAGACACCAUAAACGUAGAUGUCACCUGCCCUGGAGCCACCCUGGCCCUUGCCAUGAUCUACCUCAAGACCAACAACAGGUCUAUAGCUGAUUGGUUGAAAGCCCCAGACACCAUGUUCCUGCUGGACUUCAUCAAGCCAGAGUUCCUGCUGCUCAGGACUCUGGCCAGAUGCAUCAUCAUGUGGGAUGAAAUCCUACCUAAUGAGGAAUGGGUGACCAGCAAUGUGCCUCAGAUAAUCCAAGAGAACAUUGGACUCCAGGAGGAAGCUCUAGUGUCAGAGGAUCUGAAUAUGGAAACUUUGGUGCAAGCUCACGACUACAUCAUAGCUGGGGCUUGCAUGGCUGUGGGCUUUAGAUUUGCUGGAUCUGCAAACUUGGAUGCCUUUGAGUGCCUGUACAAAUUUGCUCGAAACUUCAUGCAGUCUCUGACUACCACUACAACCUCCGCAGCCACAGUUUCAGGUCCAUAUAACCUGCAGACGUGUCUGAGCAUGGUGCUGCUGGCCACCUCCAUGGUAAUGGCUGGCUCGGGGAACCUGAAAGUAUUACAGCUGUGUCGCUUCCUACACAAACGCACCGCUGGUGAGAUGAACUAUGGCUUUCACAUGGCUCACCACAUGGCACUGGGACUGCUCUUUCUGGGAGGAGGCAGGUACACUCUCAGCACCUCCAACUCAGCCAUCGCCGCCCUCCUCUGUGCCCUCUAUCCUCAUUUCCCGGCCCACAGCACUGACAACAGGUAUCACCUCCAAGCCCUGCGUCACCUCUGUGUCCUCGCGGCUGAGCCUCGACUGCUGGUUCCUGUGGAUGUGGACACUCUGAAGCCCUGCUACGCCAUGCUGGAUGUCACCUACAAGGAGACGCAGUGGUACGACGAGACGACUGUGGAAUUGAUGGCUCCCACCAUGCUCCCUGAGCUUCAUCUCCUCAAGCAGAUUAAGGUGAAAGGUCCGAGAUACUGGGAGCUGAACAUUGAUCUCAGUAAAGGAACUCAGCAUCUGCAGUCCAUCCUCUCCAGAGAUGGUGUGCUCUACGUGAAGCUGCGUGCAGGACAGCUGCCCUAUAAGGACGAUCCGCGUGGCUGGAAAAGUCUGCUGGCCCCUACCGUCAACAACAGAAACCCGGAAGUGCGCACUUUCAAGCCUGAAGCGAUCUCGACCUUCACCUCAGAUGCUGCCUUGGUUUCCUUUGCUGAGUACUUCUGCAAAGCUUCUGAGAACAUGAAACAUAAACAGGAGACUGUGGCCUUAUUCUCAGCCAUUCUAUAUGAAUGUGUGACCCAGGAGAACCCGGAGAUGCUGCCCACCCAUAUUUCAAUUGAUCAGGCGGUGAAGGCUCUGGAGCGGGGCGAGCUGAGCGAGACUUUCUGUCUGUGGCAGAUGAAGCUGGUGUUGGAGCUCUGCGAGAGUGGCGUACUGCAGCAAAGACUGCGGGACACGCGCAGGCAGAGCCGCGGCCUCCUGCUCAGCUCAGAGUUUCUGCCCGUGAUGAAAAGCUCGGCUGACCGGGCCCUCGAUCGCUGGCUCUUCGACAACAGCCGAGCUCUGCAGGCGUACGUCAGUGGCCAGCCCACGAACGAGGAUGCAGACACCAGCAUGCUGGCCUGCUUCCUGGUCUACCACUCCAUUCCCAGCUUCAGGAAGAUGGCAAACACAGAGCUUGAUGAGAGCUCCUCUUUCCCUGAGCUGCUGCUGAAGUUCAGUCAGUUGGGUGUUCCUGUGCGAGCCCUGCUGCGUCUGAGUCCUCUGCUCCUACACGCUGGCGUCUUUGGAUCUGGGCUGCCCUUUUGACCCCAGCAGGCCAUGCCACACCUCUUCUACCACAGAGACCACUUUGGGAGUGUCCUUUCUGGAAGAUCCAUCUCUCAGAAACGUCCCAGAGCAGAAUGUGUUUCUGGGGCCCUGGCAUAAUUAUUAGGUUGACCACCCCAUGUAAAUAAUUUGUAUCUAGGUUUGUACUCGUGGCGAUAGUGUCAAUAAAUUUGGUUUGAAGUGAUGCUUCUUUUAAAGCACA